GCGAGCCCCGCCGCGGGGACCUGGUUCCCCCGGGCUGCAGGCCCGGCCGCCCUAGCCUCAGUGGAGGCCCCGGGUCGCCUCUCGGCACCGCUCACGCCUGGCCGCCCUCACGCGCCUUCGCGCAUGCGCCGGCCGUCCCCUGCGGCUCCCUUUCUGGGAACAAAACUAACGCCGAGCCGCGGAGCUCCGCAAUUUGCGUAGACCCGCACUUCCUACCGCUCCGACCCUCCGAGCGGCGUCCGCGAGGGGCGUCGCUUCCCUGCGCGAGCGGCGCUUCCGGAGCGAGCAGCGCGUACGCCCGUCGCGUAGCGCCCAUAGGCGGAAAGGUUGCGCCUGCGCAGAACACUCCGCCCGCCCGGUACGCUAUUAGCGUAGCGUGGCGAGGGACGCCCGGGCCUGCGCGACGCAGUUGGCGCAGCGGGCGUUGGUGAAUCCACGACUUGGUGCAGCCGGGUUUGGUACCGAGCGGAGAGGAGAUGCACACGGCACUCGAGUGUGAGGAGGAGCAGAAAUGAAGGUGCACGUGCACACCAAGUUCUGCCUCAUCUGCCUGCUGACCUUCAUUUCCCACCACUGCAGCCACUGCCACGAGGAGCACGGCCACAGCCCCGAGGAGCUGCACAGACACCACCACGGGGUGGCGGAGCCCGAGCCCAGCAGGUUCUCCUUGCAGGAUGCCGAGAACGAGCAGCGGUACUACAUUGAGAGACUCUUUGACCGAUAUGGGGAAAAUGGAAGGCUGUCCUUCUUCGGUCUGGAGAGACUUUUAACAAACUUGGGCCUGGGAGAGAUCAGAGUGGUGGAGAUCAGUCACGAGGACUUGGGCCAUGACCACGUCUCCCACUUGGACAUGCUGGCUGUCCAGGAGGGAAGGCACUCCCACUCACGUGGCCACCAGCACGCCCACGGCCCCAGCAGCCCAGACAACCAAACUGCAAGCACUGCCACGGCUCGGAGGAACCACAAGUGUGACCCUGAGAAGGAAACCCGCGAAGUGUCCACGAGGUCCGAUGACAAACACGUGCAUGACCACAGCCACCGCCCCCAUCACCACCACCGUCUGCACCACCACCUCCACCCCAACGGCACUCGCCACGUCCGGAACGACACCACCACCCGUGGGCAGCGCGGCGAGCCAAGCCACGCACCAUCCACAGAGACCAACAAGACCCAGGAGCAGGCGGAAGUCAAGCCGCGGAAGGGGCGGAAGGACAAGGGGAGGAAGAACAGCGAGAACUCGGAGGUCAUCACGCCGGGCCUCCCCCCGGCCCACGCCCAGGGCGAGCCCUCCGAGCACAAUCGGGUGCACAAGCCCGACCGAGUGCAUAACCCCGGCCACCCCCACGGCCACCCGGAGCACAGCGGCCAUGACCCCGGGCACGGCCAUCAGGACCACGCGCCCGACGAUGAGGGCGAGCUGCGGCACGCCCGGAAGCGGGAGGCGCCACACGUCAGAAAGAGCGCGAUGUAUUCUGCUGCUAGCCACAAAGACCACAGCGAGGACGACCAUCACCAUGAGUGUCUGAACGGCACUCAGCUGCUGAAACACUUUGGUCAUGGAGCCAACAGCCCCAUCUCCCCGGCCCUGUUCACCUACCUGUGCCCCGCGCUGCUCUACCAGAUCGACAGCAGGCUCUGCAUCGAGCAUUUUGACAGACUUUUAGUGGAAGAUUUAAAUAAGGAGAAGCAUCUCAUUCCAGAAGAUAAGGCGAACAUCGGGGCCUCAGCGUGGAUUUGUGGCAUCAUCUCCAUCACUGUCAUUAGCCUCCUCUCCUUGCUGGGUGUGAUCUUGGUUCCCAUCAUUAACCAAGGCUGCUUCAAAUUCCUCCUCACAUUCCUCGUGGCGCUGGCUGUCGGAACCAUGAGUGGGGACGCCCUCCUUCAUCUGCUGCCCCACUCGCAGGGUGGACAGGAUCACGGCCACCACCAUGCACACGGGCACGGGCACGGCCACUCACACGCGCACCCGGCCGAGAGCUUUGUGGAGGAGUACGACGCCGUGCUGAAGGGGCUGGUUGCUCUCGGGGGCAUCUACGUCCUGUUCAUCAUCGAGCACUGCAUCCGGAUGUUCAAGCACUACAAGCAGCAGAGGGGGAAGCAGAAGUGGUUCAUCAAGCAGAGCACGGAAGAGUCGACUAUCGGCAGAAAGCUCUCUGAUCAUAAGUUAAACAACACGCCGGACGCGGACUGGCUCCAGCUCAAGCCUCUUGCCGGGACCGACGACUCGGUUGUUUCCGAAGAUCGCCUCAACGAAACAGAACUGACAGACUUGGAGGGCCAGCAGGACUCCCCUCCCAAGACCUACCUGUGCCUGGAGGAGGAGAAGAGCGCGGACCACCCCCACGGCGACGGGCUGCACGCCCUCCACGUGGCCGUGCACAACCACCACGGCGGGGCCAAGGCCACGCCGCGGAAGCACGGGCACCCCUGGCACCACAAGCACUCCCACCACUCGCACGGGCCCUGCCACUCGGGUUCCGACCUCAAGGACACGGGCAUCGCCAGCAUCGCCUGGAUGGUCAUCAUGGGGGACGGCAUCCACAACUUCAGCGAUGGGCUCGCCAUCGGAGCGGCUUUCAGCGCUGGGCUGACGGGAGGAAUCAGCACUUCCAUAGCCGUCUUCUGUCACGAGCUGCCCCACGAACUAGGUGAUUUUGCCGUCCUGCUGAAGGCUGGCAUGACUGUGAAGCAGGCCAUCGUGUACAACCUGCUCUCUGCCAUGAUGGCGUACGUGGGCAUGCUGAUCGGCACGGCCGUCGGCCAGUACGCCAACAACAUCACGCUCUGGAUCUUCGCCAUCACGGCGGGCAUGUUCCUCUACGUGGCACUGGUGGACAUGCUCCCGGAAAUGCUGCACGGCGACGGGGACAAUGAGGAGCAUGGCUUCUGUCCCGUGGGGCAGUUCAUCCUGCAGAACCUGGGGCUGCUGUUCGGGUUCGCCAUCAUGCUGAUCAUCGCACUCUAUGAGGACAAGAUCGUGCUCGACAUCCAGUUCUGAGUCCUCACUGGGGAGCCCCAAGGACGCGUGUGUCCCUCUGCCUGGUGGCUGCCCUGCUCCCUACUGGCGUGCCCUGCUCGCGAGCCCAUGGGGAGAGCCUGCCCCGAGACCGGGGCUCAGUGCUUGUCCCCGAGAAGGGGGCCCUCACCGUUGGAGACAGAGGAGGAAACUGGACUCUGAGAACUGAGGUCAAUGUAUGUUUGCUUCAGACUUUUUAAAGAAUAAUCAUAUAAAACACUAAAGUAGUCUCCUUAUUAGUAGAAACUUCUGUGGCUAUGCAGAAAUAGAAAUUGAACCAAAAAAAUCAUUUAAACCUUAAGAAUAUUGGAAAUGAACUCUGAGCAGACACCUCUGCGUGCGGAGAGUGAAACGCAGUGCCCUUUACUCAGCUCGUGUCCACGCCCGGGGCAGGGAUCGACUGGACGCAGCGCGGGAACCACAGGUAGAGUAGGAAGUGGCGGAGAGCUCAGGCUGCACUAGGGUAUGAAUUUAGCAGCGGGGAAACCCUUAUUCUUGAAUCUAGAGUUACUAUUUUUGUAUAUAUUUGCAUAGUGUUUAAACUUGCAGCCUAAACUACUGAAAUCUGUGAUUGUGUGUUUGUGUGAGCUUCGGUUUAAUGGCAGAUUCAUGAUGGUUCUUUGUACUAUUACAAUACUUGGUGUUUGGGGUGUUUUUCUGUUUUUUCUUUAACCAUAAUUUUGUUUCGGUUUGGGGUUUAUGGGGGAGGUGGGGCGUGUCAGAGCAUGUCAAAUGUUUUUUCCUUAAACAUUACAGCCUUCUAGGACAUAUCAAAGAGAUGAACCCAAACAUAGUCUAAAGUCCUCAGUUUUCCAACUUGACAAUACUAGUGAGGUCAGUUGGGAAAUUGAGGUUCCAGAUGUUCCAAUUGCCAGUUUGGCCUGUGCUGUGAGUGGCUGUGAGCCACGCUGCUGUCCGUCUGUGCCCGCGCAGGAAUGUCACUGCACGGUGACGGGACAGUCCCGGCGGGGCGGCCAUCGCAGGGCCGGAGGCUGAGUGCAGUCUCUGGCUCUCUGUGCCAAGAAGUGCUGCAGUGCCUGAGGGCAGAGACUGGCGUCUGGCUCGUGCCUGUUCUCCAGCCGGUUGUACUUGCGAGCGAUGCUUCCCGGGACUGGGCGUGGAGACCUGUAGCGCCAGUCUGCACGUGGACCCCAGCCUCACUUCGCACCAGUGCCACGCCUCUCUCCCCGCCAGGGGGUGGCCCUGGCACUGCCUGGCUGCCGUGGAGCUCUUCACAGACUGGCCCUCAGGCCUGAAAGGGUCAGCUCCAUCUCACUGCGUCCUCUCCCUCCCGUCCCUUUCCUCUCCCUCUAUGGAGUUUUGCUUCUUAAACAGAACCAGACCUCGAGAGCGGCGCAUGUCCCUGUGUGAACAGGCAAUUGAUUGCCAGGGUUUCUCCCGGCCGGCCGGCAAGGAGGGGACCCAAGUGUCGUUACAUCUUUAAUUUAUGCUUGAAUCUGAAAUCACUCCUGCUUUUCUGUGGCCUCUUUGUAAUAAGUCGGAGUAUUUUUUUAAACCACGAGAUUGUUUUCAGCGUUGGGCACUGAAUUGGGACAGCCCUCAUCUCACCGCUUGGCCCUGCAAGCAACCUAGCGAAAAGGUGCUGACAUUUGAUUUCGCACUGCCAACUUCAAGGGAUCUUACUUUCUGAACCAGGAAAUACUUCAGUUCAUUUCUGGGUUUUAUACCCAAGGAGGAUUCUGCAUUCCAGCUUCAGACCCGCUUCAGUUAAAAGCAACAGCUGGAAUAUAUUCCCAGUCUUAAAAAUAAAUGCCUCAUUUAAAGCAGAUAGGUUAUGCUAAGGUAUACAAAGUUUUAUAUUCUCUCGGAAGUGUAUUAUCUUUCUUUGCUAGAUUUUCUUAACUUCAUAAGAGGGCUGUAACAGUUGCUGCUAGUAUUUUAUAGGGUUCCACCCAUGUUUAGUUUCCACAUCAUUUUUCUAAUGUAUAGUUUCAAGUCUUACUAGACAAUCUUAAUUCCACUACAUUUCUGUUGGGCUCCAACAUUCCAUUAACUUGACCUGUGUACUUUUAACAUGCGUUGUUGGAGGUGUUGAUGUUACUUGUACAAUGCUGUCACUGUGUGACAUCCAUAUGAAUUUUGAUGUAUAUCACAUUGCAUUCAAUCAGCUGUGAUUAUGCUUAGAGUACUUUAGGAACUAUGUGCAGUGUGAAUUUCCAUUAACAGUGAGUCAGUGGCUUAAAUGUGAUGACGGUCCUGCAAGGUGAUUCUUGCUAAAUAUCUAAACCUUUUUCGUUGUAACUGAAAUCAUUUUUUAAAAAUUUAUAAAGCUGGAAAUGGUCAUAUGCUGUUUUUUUCAUUGUCAACAGUGGUGUGUCAUUUUAUGUAUGUUCCUAAUGCCUAUGGAACUCUCCCAAAAUAAAGUUAUUCCAAAAGAGCA